AUGAGCUCUGGCAGUUCUGGCUCCAUCUGUGGUGGAGGCUCAGGGUAUGGAGGAGGAGGCAGCUCCGGCAGUGGAGGCUCCAUCUCUGGAGGUGGCCACAGCUAUGGAGGAGGAUCGAGCUCUGGCAGUGGCAGAUGCAGUCCCUACAGUGGGGGGAUGAGCUCUGGGGGUGGCAGCAGCUCUGGCAGGAGAGGUUCCAUCUCUGGAGGAGGAGGAGGAGGAGGAAGCUCAGGUCAUGGAGGAAUGAGCUCUGGCAGUGGUGGCUCCAUCUGUGGUGGAGGUUCGGGGUAUGGAGGAGGAGGCAGCUCCGGCAGUGGAGGUAUUCAUGCAGUGCACGUCAACGAGAGCCUGCUACAGCCUCUUGAUGUGAAGAUCAACCCCGAAAUCCAGCACGUCCGAAAGCAGGAGAGAGAGCAGAUGAGGAGCCUCAAUAACCAGUUUGCCUCUUUGAUUGACAAGGUCCAGCAUCUGGAGCAGCAGAACAGGGUGUUGGCCACCAAAUGGGACCUACUCCAAAAGCAGGUCCUGCCGUCCCCUAGGAACAUCAGCCGUGUCUUCGACAACUUCAUUUGCAGCCUGCAGAGGCGGCUGGACUCGUUGCUGCAUGAGAAGGGGCGGAUGGAGCCUGAGCUGAACGACAUGGACAAGCUCGUUGAGGAGUUCAGACGCAAAUACGAACAGGAAGGGAACAGGCGCACAGCUGCCGAAAAUGAGUUUGUGCUACUGAAGAAGGAUACGGACUGCGUCUAUCUGGCCAAGGCAGAGCUGGAAGCAAAGGUAGAAACCCUAAAGCAAGAGACAGAGUUCCUGAAAUGUGUUUCUGCCCAGGAAAUCGCUGAGCUGGAGAGAAGUCCCUGCGACACCUCUGUCGUCGUGAAGAUGGACAACAGCCGUGGCCUGGACCUGGAAGGUGUCCUCAGGAGUGUUGCAUGCUGGUAUGAGGACACGGCUCAGAAGAGCAAAGCAGAGUUGGAUGCCUUGUACAGAACCAGGUUCCAAGAGCUUGAGUGGGCAAAGGGGAGACAUUGCAAUGAACUGAAGUCCCACCAGCAAGAGAUUGAAGAGCUGAGUUUUGUGAUCCAGAGAAGGCAGUGCGACCUUGAAAAUGCAAAGACACAGGUGUCCUCUCUGCAAACAUCAGUUUGUGACACUGAGCGGCAUGGGGACUGUGCCCUCAAGGAUGCCCGGGAGAAGCACGUUGGGCUGCAGAAUGCCCUCCAGAAGGCCAAGGACGAGCUGGCUUGCAUGCUGCGGGAUUACCAGGAGCUGCUCAACGUCAAGCUGGCCCUGGAUAUCGAGAUUGCGAUGUAUAAGACUUUACUGGAGGGUGAAGAGAGCAGGAUACGCCUUGGGAGCCCCGUGAGAGUGUGUAAGUAA